GAACACCAAAACAACGGCAUACCGGACCACCGCAACAAUUUUAACACUGGAGAAAGAAGACAGCAGCCACAGCUAGUCGUCUGAACAUGAUGACAGCGGACGAUGCCAUGGCAUUCCCCGAGGAAAAUUUUGCGCCGUUCGAAUACAUCGAAGAUGAGAUCGAAGAUGAGAAUAGCAAUCACCUCAACACUCUGCCGAAGAGCAGGAAAAAGAAUAAUGAUUUUAAUUUUACAUCGUUAUGGCGCAAACCUAAAUUGGGACGCAGGAAAAUKAAAACGAUUGUGAAAAGCCCGGGCAUCUACGAAAGAAAAUCUCCCAAACAAUCGAAUCACAAGACUACGAUAGGAAGGUAUUUCAAGGACCGCGAGUCAUUUGAAACUUCAGGUUCUGUUCCUCUCAGUGAAUUCGACGAGGCCAAGGAUACGCUUCCGUUCCUGAACUUUCGAACUAGAUUUGAAACCCGUGAAGCAGAAGGAAUCGAGUCAAAUCCAAGCAGCUCAAGGAUUCUAAAGGAUAAAGUAGCGUUGAAUCCUAAAUUGUUUCUCACACCUGCGCCAACAACUGUGCAAGAUGCAAAACCAACAAUCGAAUCCGAUCGUCUYGSUCAUGAAAAAUCAAAUAGUAAUGAACCGUGCGCAGAUUUUGAUCCUUUCCAAACUCUUUCGAAAGAAUCUCCGAACAAACCUCCUAAACCAGAGGCAGGGGCCGACAAGAAAAAGGAAGAACUUGUUUCUCAGAAUAACAAACAGGAUGCCUUUSAAGACUGGCUCUACAAUGAUCAUGGACCUAUUCUUUCUUCCCUUUCAGAGGAUACUAUUUUUUCUGAUUCUAUUCGUGGAGAACGUUUUCUAGAGGACAACUUCAACGAAGACACAAUAGGAACUGGUCUGGAAGGUGACUACAAGUCUCCAAACAAAACUAAUAGAAAAAAUAUUAAUCAGGUCACGUCAAGGCUUUCCAAUCCGGACGACAAGAAAGAAGGUGACGAAAUCGAAACUAGCGUGCGAUCGUUUUCUGAUCGGUUGAAGUUGUUCCAAUCAAAGGGUGAAACAAAAGUGGCGCAACCUACAUCCAAUUUAAGCAAACAACAGUCUCAGAUUUCACUGGAUAAUCUUGCCGAAUCAGGAAAUUGUCCCCUUAAAAGCGAAACAGUUGAAAAUAUCGAAAAUAGUAUCUCCAAAUCGAUAUGUGGGAGUGAUAUUACUUCGGUUGAAAGUAACAUAUCUGAAAAUGAAUGUUGUGCUCUCACUACGAAUAUCGAAGAUGAAAGACAGGAUUCUGAAAACACUGGGGGCAAAAGAAAUUCUCCCGAAAUGCUUUCUUUUGAAUCUAAGCAACUUUCAUUAGAAACAGAGACUAAUGAAGAGAAUUGUGUUGCCAUGAUCUCUUCGCAGUCAGAUCACUCAGAAUUAAAAGAUUCUUCCAGCGGCAAGAAAUACGAAGGACGAGAAACCAUAGAGACCAAAGAAUUCAGCGCACAAAGAACUGAUUCUUGGAUUGGUUCAGAGGAGAACCGCGAUUGCUCUCAGAACAUAUCUGAUGUAUCAAGCCUGACAAUGUCUUCGAAUGGCACUGCUCGCCAAUACGCAAGCAAGUUUGGAGUAACUCUCUCACGACGAAAUUUGAAAUCUGAUCAAGAUCAACGAACAUUGAGAAGUUCUGAAUAUGUCUCACAUGUCGAUACUCAGAGUCGAGAUGAAKUGGAAGGUACAACAAUCAAUGUAGUUGGCCAUAUCAAGCCAACUGUGUCUGAUUUUAUGAAAAAUACGAGCAAGCGCGAGAUAACCCGAGACACAAAUUACAAAGAACACGUCUCGGAAGAUUGUGGAAAGGACAAGUGUGUCGAGAUGACGAAGAAGGAUCAAAACGAACAAAAAUCAUUGAAAGAAGGUGAUGAAGUAGACACAGAUCCUCAUGCACUUCAAAUCAAUAGCUCUUCUCCCAAUAGCGACGCAAAUAAGAAUAAUUUCGCUCAAAAAAGUGCCAGUAUGUUUGGGGUGACACUAUCGAAAACCCGCAACCGCAACACGAAUAAGCUUUCUCCUGAUAUUUCAGAAGCUUCUGUUCGGAACAAAGUAGAGAAGAUCCGAACUUCAUUAGAAAGAGAAUCUUUCGAGAAUAAAGCGAAAAGAACAAGUGGAGAGUGGAACAGAAGUAGAGCAUCUAGUUCUUGGAAGAAUGCUGAUGGAAACAAGAAGAACAGUAUUCCAGAAACUAAUGAACAAGUAGAGUCUAGUCUAAUUCCACAGGGGGGUUCGAUUGGACAAGCUUCAAAUCAAGGAAUUGAGAGUGGCAUCGAUAUGCAGGUACGCGACCAACUAAAACCAUGUGUUUUUAAAAGGAACAAAAUCUCUCUCUCAGAUCGCAGAAAAAUGUUUGAAGCAGAAGGUAUCUCAGUCGAAAACAAUCGGAAAAAAAGUAUCGAGUCCGCUACCUGUGCUGAAUCGCCAAGGUCAUUGACUUCAUCGCUGGGAGAUCUGACGGUCAAGACGGUUGUUCAAAAAAGAAGAAUAGUUCAGAGCAAAACUAAACCUGCGCAAACAUUAUUGCAUGAAGCGAGAAGAUCAUCGAUUACUCAUGAUGACGAUAACAGCGACAACGGCUUGGACGAUAUUGAUGAUGGCAUUGGUAGUAAUAGGCGCAAGACGCUUGUAACUGCAAAGAAAGUAUUGGGCACAUAUCAUUCAAGUCUUGGAAAAAGAACAUCGAAUCAUUCUCAUGAACCAGAUGUAUUGGUGCGUUGCAAGACUAGCAGGGAUUCCGAUGAAUUCAAAGUCGAUAGCGAUAAAGUCGUAAUUCAAAAUGCACGGAAGUCGCUGGAGAGUAUCCAGAAAGAGAAGAAGAAUGUCACAGAAACACAACAAAUGACCGUUAACAAGGUGACGCCUACCAAAGUUGGGUAUUCGGCUCGUAAAAACUUCUUCGAGAAUCUGAACCAAAGUCGAGUGCAAUUGUCGAUGUCAAGACCAUUGGUAGGAAAAGACCAAUCGAGCGUACGCGAUACGGCGACCCUUGCCACAAAACAUACAGAUGAACGGGUGCACGAUCAUUCGCCUCUUGGUGACAAAGAUCUUCCUAUGUUUGUUACUGUAGAAGAAGACUUUUUGCUAAAAGAUAAUAUUAGCACUUGCCUCAGUGCUUCUGAGAAUCGCUCAGUUGUUUGCAAACCAGAUCCUCUCCUAUAUUCUGUGUCCCAAAAAGCAAUGGCAUUGAUGGCUUCAAAAACAAGUAAAGAAACAAUAACGAAUGAUUCAAAUCAGAAGAAGGCCACAACUCAGAAUUUUAUUUUGAAACGCCAGGAAUCUUUGAGAAAAAUGAGUAAAGAAGGAUGCAGACGUGAACCAAAUGCAUCAAAGGAAGUUGCCGGUAGCAACAACGAAAGGACUGUGACUGACGAUAAAGCACCUCAACAUCAACUGUACAACCGUGUUGCAAGAAAGAAAGUAUCAUCACAAUUUCAUCGCCAUUCAAUUGCUCAAAAAGAAACAGAUGAUAACAAAAGUACGGAAGACACAUCCGGCAACGAACCCAWGCCAAAGAAUGAAAGUCUGGAGAAAAUCCAACGGUACAAUAAUUUUGCAAAAACGAAAGACUCUAAUGGAGAAAAUGAAGAGGAGAGUAACAUUUCGAACCAGCCUUCCUUCCAUCGUUUCAAAUACAGCCGUUUUAAAAAAAUUGGCACUAAACCGACUUCACCUAUCGAACCAAAGAGGGAACAACCUUCAACAUUGCGCAAAGAAGGCUCCCACAAUGCGGGGGCUGAAGAUGAAAAGGGUCCUCUGAUCAAGCCAUCGAAUGAAAAUAAAGAUGAUAACGAAGUGGGAAAAGCUGCUCCUGCGCACCGUUUCAAAUUCAACCGUUUCACUAAGAUUGACGUGGCGCCCACUUCUCAAACUGAACCAAAAAGAGAAGAUGUUGGCAACACUGACACUGAAGACGAUAAAGAUGUUUCUAUCAAGGCCUCGACUGGUAAUGAAAGAAAGGUCGCAAAAAGCAAAGUAGCUCCUUCUCACCGUUUCAAAUACAGUCGGUUCACGAAAAAUGAUACUGCACUGGCUUCAGGAGUUCAAUCCAUUCGAGAACAUCCUUCCAGAUCGGAGAUUGUUCUUGAUGAAAAAGAGAGGGCUGACAGCGAAGCUUUGCCGUUGAGUGAAAAGAAGGAACGAAACCAAAUGAACAAAACAAAUGAUUCUCAUCGUUUCAAGUACAAUCGAUUUACAAAGAAAGAUGCUCCACUUGAUCAAACUGUCGAACCAAAAGAAGAAUCGGAGCUUGAAGACGAUGACACUGCGCAGUUCAAUGCGAAACAAAAACAAAACAAAACCGAUGCGUCGCUUCAGUCUCUUGGUUUAAAGUGCAAUCGUUUCAACAAAAAGCCACUAAACGUCGAUAGUAAGGAGAUUCAAGACGGCUUAGAUCGAACAGACGAUGAAAAUAACGAGGCUCUGACGGAAACACAGGAAGCACAGACGAGUAACAGCGCUGAACAGCCAGAAGCAAGCAGCCAACCAAUGGCGCGAUCGAUGUCAAUCAGAGAGAGACGCAAAUUCUUCGAAUCUCAAAGCAAAAACUACCAAUCGAGUCGAUUUUAAAGAAUGUCUACCGAAAUACCAUAGAAAGCGAAAUGAUGGUUCGACAAUACCAAUCGUGAACGUUCAAAUGGAGUCUGAUCGAGGCUCAUAAACCGAAACUGAUUGCAUGUCAAMAAGACCGUUGCCAACAGGGUAGGCAAAAGGCCAUUCAUUCUUACAUGUAGUUAUAAAUGUAUAAUCUUUAA